UUUUAAGAUAAUUGCAAAUCUAGUAACUCAAACAGUUUAAAUUAACAAAUGUCAUAUAUUAAACUGGUCAACUACUACUACUCAUCAAGUCACGGUCUUAUACUGUAAGAAGUAAAAUAAAGGUUUCAGUAAGAAUUUGCAGACUAAAAUUCCACGGAAAAUUGAAUAUCAAAGUUAUCGAAAUUUCUGAUUAUCCAACAUAUUUCACCGCACGUCAACAUGGUGCUAUAAUAUAUUUCAAUAGCAAUAUACCAAUGGGUCAAGAGUUGAAUAUCUUAAUAAUUUAUUCAGGACCGGUUUUUAUUAGUGUUUUAUUUUUAUUUCAUUUUUCAAAUCCACUCGUCUUUGGGUAAGUCAACGAUACAAUAGUUAAUUCUGCUUUUUCUGCUGAAGGCAAAACAUCAUUAACCAAAUUACCUUUUAAUUAGGUUCUUUUACAAAAGUUUUAUCGUUUUCAUUAAUUUCCAGUAUAAACCUAGUGUCGUAGUUGACUGGAGACAGUAGUUGAAUAUGUUCGGUUUAAACAUUUUGUUUAUUUCAUUAUUUAUAAUUUAUGUUGUGGGUCAAGAAUUGAUAUCACCCUGCCCGCGUUUGUUCGAAUAUGAACCCCGGAAUCCUAAAGAACCUGAUAAAAUUUAUGGUGUACUUAAUCUUCAUUCUGAUGCCGAUCUCAAUGGGGUUUGGUUAAGGCUUAUAUUUGAUAAACCUAGCUUACAAUUAGGGAAUUGGUUUGGUAUCAUUCUAACUGACGAUAAUAUAGUCUACAAAAUCCAAGCACCUUCGAAGAAAUUAUUAGCCCAUGUACCACAAAGAGUUCGAUUUUACAUCAGAUAUGAUACAAGUAAACCACCUCCUAAACUGAUAGAGUAUCGACUUAAUGCUAAGACGGUAUGUCCAGAAGGCAUCAAACCUACAAUAGAGCCUCCUGUAUCAUUGGAUUAUUUUACAAGCCCGGAGUUAUCGACAACUUCACGGCCAGUGCCCUUUGAACGGCCUGUGCAAUCUCCAGCAACUCCAUCAUUCAUCGAUAAUCUAUAUCAACCAAAUGAAUCAUUGGGAUCAACAGACGAAAAUGAUGAUACUUUUGUUGGGGAUCUAAAUCUAAUCCAAAGACCUCGACCUAACAGACCUUAUUUAGAAGACAAAUGUGGAAUAGUUAUUAAACCAGCCCAACCGCUAAUAACGUACGGCCAACCGACAAGUGAAGGAGAAUAUCCAUGGCACGCUGCUCUGUAUCACGCCAGGGGAAUAGACUUAUCAUAUAUCUGUGGAGCAACAUUAAUUUCCAGACUUCAUUUAAUCACUGUAGCACAUUGUGUUACUAAAAAAAGAACCCAAACUGCUUUAUCUCCCAGCAGCCUCAUAGUUUAUUUAGGUAAAUUUUAUUUGAAAGUAUGGUCAAACCCAGGCAUACAAGACAAACAAAUAGACAAAAUAAUAGUUCAUCAGAAAUAUAGCUCUAGUACUUUCGCUAACGACAUUGCGCUCUUGAAGUUAACUGAAGAAGUUGAAAUAACAGCGUAUGUGAGACCAGUUUGUUUAUGGGAAGAAAAUACCAAUUUGGAAAGUGUUAUUGGACGACAAGGAAUUGUCGUUGGCUGGGGAUUCGAUCAAACUGGUAAAGUAACCGAUCAACUAGCAAAGGCUUACAUGCCUGUUGUUUCACAAGAUACCUGCAUUUAUUCAUUUGCCGAAUUUUAUUCAAGAUUUACUACUGACCAUACCUACUGCGCGGGCUUUAAUAAUGGUACCUCAGUAUGUAAUGGAGAUUCUGGUGGAGGUAUGGUAUUUCCAAAGAAAAAUUUCGAUUCUGCUAAUCCAAUUUGGCAAUUGAGAGGAAUGGUUUCAAUAAGUGUUGCGCUACAGAACCAAUUUAGAUGUGAUUCUUCUCACUACGUUGUGUUUACGGACAUUGCGAAAUACUUAGACUGGAUAAGAAAUGCUUUAAGUCUUUGACGAUAUUUUAAUAUAUAUUAUGACGAUAAUUUUUUUAUGCCAGGCGCAAGAAUUACACCAUACCUCAAGAGGUGACGGCUUAGUUCCCAAAAUUUCUUGUUUAGGUUCUUUAGAUGUUAUCACAAAAAUAUAAAAUAAACUUUUUGUAAGAUGUA